CUAAUGUCAUAGGUCAUUUCUGUGAACUGAAAAAUCUUGUAAUAUCCGAUGUUUUAUUCAAAAAAAUAAUUAUUUUGUAAAUAAAUCGAAUCGAACACCACAACGAUAUGGCAGAUCAAACGUUAAUUCACGAUGACAUCAAAUUCUACACAACAUCUGAUAAGUUCUAUUUGGAGCCAACAAUCAAUCCAACAGAGAUUAUGGUAAUAGAUAGAAUCACUGGAGAGGCUUAUGUUAGAGAAAUUAACACAGUGAAGAUACCUAUACCGCCAAAUGCUUAUAAACCAGUGUGUGGGUUUCUUGGAUCCAUUAAGCUCAUUUCAGGACUCUAUCUUGUUGUUGCAAAAUAUAGGAUAUUGGUUGGUCAAAUAAAUGGGCACAAUAUAUAUCAGCUUGCGGGAGCGGACAUCAUACCAUAUGCAAGAUCUACUACACAUCUUACCAACAAACAGAUAGAGGAUAACACGACAUACGAGCGACUCCUGCGCGCCGCGUUGGACGCGCCCGGCAUCUACUUCUCAUACAGCUAUGACAUAACGCACACUAUGCAACGAUUACACUCGGUUUCACCUGACUUCCAUAAGAUGUCGCUCGCGAGCCGCGCCGACUCGCGUUUCGUGUGGAACGGCCAUUUGCUGAAGGGUUACUCGCAGCAAAUGUUUUCUAGAUUCAACCUGCCGAUCAUGCAAGGAUUCAUAGCUAUUAACCGUGUGACGAUAAACAGUCACCAGCUGGCGUGGACGCUGGUGUCGCGGCGCAGCGUGGACCGAGCGGGUACCAGGCUGUUCAUGAGAGGAAUUGACUCGCAGGGCAACGUAGCGAACUUCGUGGAGACGGAACAAAUAGUGGAGCGCGGCGGCGAGAUAUCAUCCUUCGUGCAGACCCGCGGGUCCAUACCGCUGUUCUGGAGCCAGUUCCCGGACCUCAAGUACAAGCCGCCGAUGACUCUCGCGCCGGAGGACCACGUGGCCGCCUACACCAAGCACAUGAGGGACCAGCUGCAGAGGUACGGGAACCAGGUGCUGUUGAAUCUCAUCGACCAACGCGGCAAGGAGGAGUCGCUGGAGCGCGGCUACCGCGCGGCGGUGGCGGCCGCGGCGCUGCCGGCCGUGCGCUACGAGCCCUUCGACUUCCACGCGGAGUGCCGCGCCAUGCGCUACGACCGCCUCGCCGUGCUGCUCGACCGGGUCGCGCACGAGCAGAAAGAGUUCGGCUACUUCCUCUGCCGCGGCGAGACCGUGAUCCUCCGGCAGACCGGCGUGUUCCGCACCAACUGCGUGGAUUGCCUCGACCGCACCAACGUGGUGCAGAGCCUGCUGGCGCGGAAGCACCUGCUGCACCUGCUGCGGCUGCUGGCCGUCACCAACAGCGAUGAUCCAAUACCGCACUUCGACUCGCUGUUCAAUUGUGUAUGGGCGGACCACGCGGACAUGAUAUCCGUCCAGUACUCGGGCACGGGCGCGCUGAAGACGGACUUCACGCGCACCGGCAAGCGCACGCGCAUGGGCCUCAUACGGGACGGGAUCAAUUCGCUCACCAGAUACUACAAGAACAACUUUAGCGAUGGAUACCGGCAGGAUUCAAUCGACCUGCUAUUGGGCAAGUAUUUGGUGGUGGACGGCGAGGGCAACACGGUACAGUGCCCGUUACGCAGAGAUAGGGAUUGGAAAUAUGUUACUUUCCCGUCGGUGCUGCUGGUGGCGGUGUCGAUGCUGUGCGCGGGCGCGGCGCUGCCGGCGCGCUCGCGCACCGAGCUGCUGCUCUACCUCAUGUUCUGGGGCGCCGCCGUGGGCGCCACGCUCAAGUUCAUGUUCAAGCACGGCAAGGAGUUCGUCGACUGGCCGCGGUUGGACUGCGGGGGAGUCGCGACGAGCCGGCUCCAGGCCUCGCCGUCCUUAUAAUCGACCUGCCGCUCGUAGUCGUCGUCUAACCCCCCACUGACACACCACUCCCCCCCUCCCCCCAUACGAUAACCCCCAAUGACAUUUGAGUAGGGAAAUAUGAUAAUGUAUAUUUAGAAAUUAGAGACUUUAACGGAUUUUAUACGCGAUUUAUUCAUUAUAUUAUUUAACCCGACGUUUUGAGCAAUUUCUCAAAAAACUACACUUGAAAUGUCUUUAAUUUCUAAAUAGAUAAUACUCGCGUAAAAUCAAACACAAGAAGAUACUAUAAUAAUGCAUAAUAACGCCACACUCCCUCAAUCUCAUAUUCCGAACGUACGUAAUGGUUAUAUUUGACUACUGUAAUAGAUUCUGGUCUAUUAGAGUAGUCUUGUAUCUCAUAACUUUUUCAUCAGCCGAUUUUGUUAUUUUAUAAUAUUUUGUUUAAGCUACGUACAUUGUUAUUUCAGUAAUUAUUGAAAUGUCUUCCUUUAAAAUUCUGACGGUACUUCGCUAAUCAUUAUUUAUAAUUAUUUAUUGUUUCGUAACCUUCGUUGUGAUCACUUUUUAUAAAAUUUUCCUUAUAUUAAAUGUCUUUGGGGGUUUCUUACGUUAUUUUAUGGAGGAGGGGGAUAUACCACGGAAAAGGUAGAAAAAUCCGAAAGUAUUCUUUAAUAUAUUUAAAAUAUAUGUCCUAUGUACUAUUUGGCCGUCAUAUCAGUUAACUAUUGGACCGAUUUUUUUACGAUAGUAAUGCCAAAGAACAUUUGAAGUUUUCUCAGUUUGUUUAUAGUACCGAAAACCUAAACAAAAAAACUUUUAAUUGUUAAAUUUAAUAUAAACCAAUGCUACUUGAUAUUAAUCAUCAAAAUUUAUACAAUUUUUGUGAGAUAGUUCUAUGUGUUUUAACAUUUAAUUCCACACUGUGUAAGUAAUCAAAAGUCGGAAAUCCUUUUCUGGACAUUGUGAUGAUACUGAUGUUAUAAAUGAACACUAAAUCUUUAAAUAGUAUUUAUUGUCUAUUUCAUAAAACUUCAUAGGCAUAUAAUGAAUACACAGAUAAGUUCCUAACUUAUUUCUUCCGUGGUGUGGUUUUGGUUGAAGGUAUAAAUAAUAUAAUUGUGCAUGUUAAUUUGAUUGCACAUUUCAUAUUUAGUUAAUCUGUUAAAUUAUUAUAUGGCUGUAACUGCUUUACACGCAUUCCAAUUUGACACGUGGUUAUUGAUUCGCUUUUAUAUAUUUUGUCGAAGAAAUUAUAAUUUAGUUGAAAUCGAUGAUUAUUUGGCGGAUAACUUAACUCGUUUUUAAUAUUCUAGUAAAAUUAUAACGCAUUUUGGUCAUAAAUAUAGUAUAUACGCAAUUGUGUCUAAAUGAAUUACUCCGUAAUGAUGUUAUUAUAUUAACCCUACAAAUUUAUACGUAGAUGAAACUGUCUUUCGUAGUAUAUAAUAUGAUGGUAUUACUUUGGUUUCUGGUUCUUAUAAACACAUAGAUUAUAGAGGAGGCUUUGUCUUCAUUCCAAUGUGUAACAAAACGGGGACCAUUUAUUAUAAUUAUUAAUAUUUAUUAUACUGUAUAAUUUAGUUAAAUAUGUAUAGAAUUUGUACGUGGUUAUAAAAGUUCAUUAGACGCUAUGAUAGCAAACAGUUUUCCUAUAACGGGAACUCAUACAAGCAAUAUGUAACUAGUGUUAUGGCCAUGUCAUUUAAUUUGUUUAGACAUUUUUGCGUAUAAUCGGUUUUGGUGUGAUUAGACGUGACACGAGCGGGCGGACUAUCUAUAGGAAUAACAUUUGUAUAAUUUUACUUUAGAUCUUCUAUUAAAUACUAGAUUAUAUUAAAAAUCAUGUUUUGCAAAGAAAAAUUGAUUUUGUUUUAAUUAAUUGCACAUAUCCUAUUAUUUUUUUCAAAUAUAUUAUUGUUUUAGAUUGUGAAGCUAGUAGUUUUAUACAAUGUUAUUUCCUUAUAGGUCUUAUUUUACUGUUUUAGGUGUAUAUUUGUGCUUUUUAUAAUUGUGGAUUUACCUCCGAAUCCGUGAUUAUUGUGUAUUUAAUUUGUGAAGGACUAUUUUAAUAAAUAAUAUGAUUA